UCACUUUUUUCACCCCCGAAUCCCUCUCCCACCUGCAACUAGUGGUUUUCAAAAUGUGUUCUGGGGAUUCUUCAGAGGUGCCCCCCCAUUAUUUCAUCUAGAGUACAGAGAAGCUUCCCUCUUUUAUUGUCUUAGAUAGGAUUUCCAGUUAAGAUUUUUUUUUUCAACUCAUACAAUUAAGCCUGUGCAAGCCCCUGGAUAUAGUGGCUUCCGAAGAUGCCUCUGAUUCAGGACUUUGCUCCCUUUCUCUCUGAGGCUCAUGAUGGUCAAGGUCUUCCUCCAUGACUAUCUUUUGCCCUGUGCUUGCAGGUCUUCCCAGGACCAAGGUGGUGACAAGCCUAGGGUUCUCACUUGGAAAAGUCAGAGGGGAGUGGGAAGAGGCACUGCAAAGUCAGCUUUGAAAUCUGAGGUGGGGCCAUCUAAUCUCAACUGCUCAGCCCCUAGGAGGACCACGCCGGAGCCCCUCCCCUGCCCCCUUCAAAUCCCUCCUCCAUCUACAAUCUUCCUCUGACCUAGCCCUUACUCACCUCCUUCCUGUUUCCUAAAAACCCUUCCCACAUUCUCCAGACUGAACCCUUCCUCUCUGUCCACCCCCCCCCACCCAGGACACCUCCUUUUCCGUCAUCUCCUCGGUGGUUACUUUAUUUUGUCCUUUCUUACUGGGGUCCUAGGAAAUGCCAGCACCUCCAUCCACAUUACCGGGUCUUUUCAACAUGCCCUAACUGUAGUUUGUCCUAUCUCAACACUAUCCUCUAUAUGGCCUGUGUCUUCUAGUAUAUUCCAUCCUACCAUUACUCCAGCAUAGCCACACUUACUUCCUCCAUUCUGUACAGAUAUCUUCCUCUCACCACUGCCCACUUGUGCCUUCAUCCCCUCCAGAAACACUCCCCUCAGCCAAUUUUUGUGAUAUCCCAGUACUCCCUCAUUUACACUCUGAUUGAGUCUAUACACACCCCCUUGACAAAGCUCUUUGUUAAUCUCACCAUCCCCAAAACCUCCCUCCUGUUGUAAUUCUAGCCUUCCUCUAACUUUUCUCUCUCAAGCUCCACUCUUUCCUGCCCAGCCUGGCCCAGGAUUCACAGCCAAUCUCAUCUCUUCCUCGUGGACUGCCGCCCACCAUGUGCCCCUGAGCCUCCAAGAAGGGGGCUCAGGGAGCCCAAUGGCCUCCCGCCCCUCCUGGCCCCAUAGCCCCCGUGGGCCGGGGGAAGCACCUGAAAGCCCCACUGCUGAGAAUGGGCAACCGCACAUGGGAAGGCUGCCACGUGGACUCACGCGUGGAUCACCUUUUUCCGCCGUCCCUCUACAUCUUCGUCAUUGGUGUAGGGCUGCCCACCAACUGCCUGGCCCUGUGGGCCGCCUACCGCCAAGUGCGGCAACGCAACGAGCUGGGCGUGUACCUGAUGAACCUCAGCAUCGCGGACCUGCUGUACAUCUGCACGCUGCCGUUGUGGGUCGACUACUUCCUUCACCACGACAACUGGAUCCACGGCCCCAGCUCCUGCAAGCUCUUCGGGUUCAUCUUCUACACCAAUAUCUACAUCAGCAUCGCCUUCCUGUGCUGCAUCUCGGUGGACCGCUACCUGGCCGUGGCCCACCCGCUGCGGUUUGCCCGCCUGCGCCGUGUCAAGACGGCGGUGGCAGUGAGCUCCGUGGUCUGGGCCACGGAGCUGGGCGCCAACUCGGCACCCCUCUUCCAUGAUGAGCUCUUCCGCGACCGCUACAACCACACCUUCUGCUUUGAGAAGUUUCCCAUGGAGGGCUGGGUGGCCUGGAUGAAUCUGUACCGAGUCUUCGUGGGCUUUCUGUUUCCGUGGGCCCUCAUGCUGCUGUCUUACCGUGGCAUCCUGCGGGCGGUGCGGGGUAGCGUGUCCACUGAGCGCCAGGAGAAAGCCAAGAUCAAGCGGCUGGCCCUCAGCCUCAUUGCCAUUGUGCUGGUCUGCUUUGCGCCCUACCACGUGCUCCUGCUUUCCCGCAGUGCGGUCUACCUGGGCCGCCCCUGGGACUGUGGUUUCGAAGAGCGUGUCUUCUCAGCGUACCACAGCUCGCUGGCCUUCACCAGCCUCAACUGUGUGGCUGACCCCAUCCUCUACUGCCUCGUCAACGAGGGCGCUCGCAGUGACGUAGCCAAGGCCCUACACAACCUGCUCCGCUUCUUAGCCAGUGACAAGCCCCAGGAAAUGGCCAAUGCCUCGCUCACCUUGGAGACACCACUCACUUCCAAGAGGAACAGCACGGUUAAGGCCAUGGCAGCCAGCUGCGUGGCAGCCCCCUCCUCCCAGGUGGACCAAGUGCAGCUGAAGAUGCUGCCACCGGCACAGUGAAUCUCAAAUUGUGGAGCCCCUACUCCUCAAGUCUCAUCCCACACUCCCUUCCCUCCUGGUCCAGUGUAUGCAAAUUAUAUGUAAAUAAGGCGGUGUUACUAUUCACAGGAAAGCAGUGAGGUUGGUGUGUCAUUAGUCAACCAUCAUCCUCCUAACAGUUCAGUUGAACUGUUCCUAGCCCUGUGCUGGGGCAGUGCUAAUGACACAGUGGUGAUGAAUGACAGACCUGGCUCUGCCUUCAUGGGCUCCCACUCCAAUGGACAGUGAUGACUUAGAAUGACCAGUGCUCAGGCAGUGGAAAUCAGGGUCUAGGGGAAUCCAAGAGGGCAUCUGACCCACUGGGGGUCAGGGAGGACUUCCUGGAGGCGGGGACCAGUAAAUUAAGUUUCUAGAAGGUAAAGACAAAACAAGAAAGAGGUUAGGAUUAUUUCCAACACGGGGGUAAAAGUUGGUGACUCAAGAGGAGAAUGGAAGGAGUGUGGAGUGAUCGCUUUUGCUCUUAGGAAAUGAGGAAGAAGAGGGAAAAUGUCAGAACCCAAGUGAAGGGCAAUCAAGGCAGACUGGCUGGAGGAGGGGUAAGCAGGGCAGGCUAGGGAAGGGGUCUUAAGACAAGAGGAAGGAUAUUUAUUCAUUCAUUCAGUUAAGAUUUGUUCGUACAGUCUGUCCUGUGCUGGCCUGGAGACACAAUGGUGACCAAGACAGGCCAGGCCCCACUCUCAUGGGGCUCACAGUAAAUGAGUAAAUAAAAAUGAAUAUAUUUGGAAUGAAUAAGUGUAAUGGGGAAAAAUAAAGCCAAUUGAAGGGACAGAGAGUGACAUGGAGUCUGAUCUAGAUGAGGUCAGGGGAGGGCUCACCGAGAAGGUGGCAUUUGAGCAAAGACCUGAAGGAAGGGAGGGGGUCAGCCCUGUGGCUGUCAGAGGGAAGAGCAUCACAUGCAGAGGGAACAGUAAGUGCAAAGCCCUGGAGUAAGAGAGUGCCUGAAUUUUGAGGCACAGCAAGUAUAGCCGUGUGGUUGGAACAGAGGGAAGGAGACAGGAAUGGGAGGUGAGACUGGCAAGGGGACAGAGGCCCAUCUUUUGGGGCUUCUUAAGUCCUGGUAAGAACUUUGCAUUUUAGUCUGAGAGACCCAGGAGCCUCAAGAGGAGGGAUGUGAUUUGACUUAAAUGUAAACAGGAUUCUGCUGGCUGCUGAGUGGGGAACAGGAUAGGGGAAGUUAGGCCAGAAGCUGGGAGCCCAGUGAAGCGGUAACUGCAGUGGUCCAGGUGGGAGAUGCUGGUGACUGGACCAGGGUGGGUGGUGGAAUAAGCAGGAGCAGUGGUCAGUUUUGGGAUUUAUUUUGAAGGAAUACAAUGAUGGAAGAAGCACAAGGGCCUGUGGGAUUGUGUAGCACUAGUCUCUUGCCCAUCUUGGGAAAAGGUUGACUGGGAGCCUGAGCUGGAAGGACCUCUGGGAAUGGUCCCAGGCCCUAUUCCAGGGCGGUCACUGGAGAGGCUGAGAGACUAGCCCAGGGUUGCACAGCCGGUGAGUCAGCCUGGGGCCAUCCUGGACUCCCUCUCUCUUCCCUGUCUCUGCCUCUGUUCCCACGCCCCAGAGUGGCCAAGGCUGCUUGCCCUGGCUGGUGACUCCUCCCUCCCCCGGCCCUCAGGAGUCACCAGGAAUGGUCCUCCAUCUAUAGCCAGGCUAGAGAAUGGGAGGAAGCACCCAGAUCUGGACAAGCCUCGCCCCUUCUGGUAGGUCACCUCCCUCCCUUUCUCCCCUUGCUCCAUCAGGCUCCAAGCUCCUGAUGAGAUGUGACAAUCCUCCUAUACACACACACACACACACACACACACACACACACACACACACACACCCUUGCCCCAGAUGUUCCCAGAAGAGGUUCCUGGAAACCUUUCUCAGAGAAAGGAAGAGGAGGGAGGAGAGGAAUGAGAAAAAAAUCAGCUUAAUGAAGAAAACGCAGGAGGGGGAUUACUGAGAUGCAGGAAGUUGGGGCUUUGGUGUUCGGGGGGAGUGGAAGAGGGGGGGCCUGGGAUUUGGGGGCCCUAGUAAUUUUCCCAUCCUGUCUCACUGCCAUAAAGUUACUGGGAUGGAGAUGUAGGGGGCCGGAUAUUUUUAACACAGUCACCUCAGCGAAUCAGAUGGAAGCCUGUACAUUACCCCUCCAAAUGUUCAUUCCCAUUUAUUCAAUAAAUAUUUAUUGAGCA